AUGCUGUCUUCUGUUGCUUUGAUUGCAUCGCUUGUCAAAAGUGCCGCCUUUAAUGAUAAUCACAACACGACCAUUUCCCUUUCGGCAAACAAGGAUGUCAAUGAGAAGCUCGAUAUCUCUCCUGAACUUGUAAAAGCAGUAACAGCUGAACUGAAGAAAGAUCUUGAUGACAAUGAUAAUGUCUCGACUACGGGUAGUCAAACCACCUUUGUCGACGAAGAUACAUCCAUUUUAUUACAAUCCAAAGUCAAGCAUGUUUUACACCGUCUUUUGAGUUCUUCAGCUACUACCAAGGACAACACACAAGAGCACACCCUACUUACGAAUGCUAAUCAUGCCGUUGAAUAUAUCGCUUGUGGGCUCUCUGAUCUUAUCUUUGUCUACCCUGGCUCAACGUCCAACAGCGGCUUUUUCGGUCAAGAUUUGAUUAGCUUUUCGGAAGCACGUAAUUUACAGAAUGAUCUUGUGAAGAUCGUUCAAAUGGAUACCCGUAUGGGUGCUCUUCAAGCAGUGCAAGGCGCUCUUGCUGACAAUGGCAACAAGUCUGUUUCAGUUUUAGCUACAUCACAAGCUCUAUUGUCAAUGAUUCCUAAACUUUACGAAUUGGCUGCUUCUCGUCAACCUGUUGUAUUUCAUAUUGCUGCUCAGAUGAUAGAUCAAGAUUUAGUGGCCUCCUCCUCCCAUGUGGAUGCCGUAUUGGCUGCUCGCCAAACCGGUGCUAUUCUCUUAUCUUCUGCCAAUGCUCAAGAAGCUCACGAUAUGGCGAUUGCAGCCCAUUGGAUCAGCCGUUCCGUCAACCUACCCGUCAUUCACUUCUUCAAUGGUGUCACCGCAGCUAAAGUAGUCGAAAAAGUCAAGUUUUCCAACUACCCACAAUUGAGCAAGCAUAUGAACAAGGUAGAUCGUCAUGACAACAACGAUAUUUAUACCGCUGUCAAGACUAUCCUUGGGCAGUUGGACUUUAAGCCUUUCGAUUAUGCAGGUGCUCCUGAUGCCGAAACUGUCCUUGUCACUGUCAAUGCUACAUCUGCUUCUGUCAAAGAAGCUGUCGUCCAUCCUUCUGGCAACAAGACGAGUGUAGGUCUGCUAAGUGUUCGUGUUUUCUGUCCUUGGUCUGAAGCCGAUUUCAUUGGUGCUUUGCCCAACACAACUCGUCGUUUGGUGGUUUUGGAAGAAGAUGCUGGUCUUUAUGCUUUUAAUGGCCCCCUUUACUUGGAAAUUGCUGCUUCUGUUCGUUUUGGUCCUUUAACACGUGAUCGUCGCCCUCGUUUAGUCAGUGCUCAAGCCAAGGAUUUCUCGCAAUUGAAGGCUUCUCAUCUGCCCCAUCUUGUACAACAAGCUGAACAUGAAAGUUUCAUUAACCUUGCUGCUGAACCUUUCGUCACUACUACUGAUGUAAACAAAGAAGUGACAGAAGAGACCACAUCCUGGAGCGGUAUCUUCUGGGAUAUUGAACAAGAUGGUAGCACUUCUACUGCUGCUGCUGCCCAUAAUGCUCAUCUUAUCCAAGCCCUUCAUCCUACGGAUGAUAUCAAAACUCUGACAGCUCGUGAUGCUUAUCACGUAGGUGGUCCUGUUUCAAAAACUCAGCUCAGUUAUGGUUCGCGUGCUGUUGAUGGCACGGCUCAACAAGCGCAAUAUAUUGAAGUUCAUGACAUUAAAGUCACACAAGAAUACAAUGUGUUGGCUCAGGCAGCCAAGAAGACGACUGUUGUUUUACAUGGCCCUUGGAAGCACGGUGAUGAGCUUGAGUCAGUAUUGACGAAUGAAUUCAAGUUCGGUUUGACUGAAUUGAAUGCGAAGCUGUAUACUAUUGAUGCUGCUCGUGUGGCUCAGGAACUCGGUUUGAACUUGAAGUCAACUCAUUUCAUCUGGGAAGCAGUCUUUUUGCUGCUUACACAUCCUGAAGUGAAUUCUGUUGCUGAUCAUCUUUUGCAAAUCUAUGAAGAAUUGGAGAGCGAGAAAGUUGUUUUAAAGAAGUUGAUCGCUGAUACUCUUACUACGGUCAAAAAGGAGCUCACAGCUGUAGAAUUGCUACCUCCUUGGACUAUUUUGGAAAUAAAUGAUCAAAUCUUGCCUUCCACGCCAGUGGACCGUGUCGUGGGUGCUGAGCCUGAGGAUGAGGUCUCGUCUGAUGUUACUACUUUGGUUGAGGAAGAAGCGGCUGCAGGUGCUGAAUUGAGUAAAUGGCACAAGGCUGCUUGGCAAUUAAUGUUUAACGAAGCCUACAAGACAGAAACAGCUGUUCGUCCUGACCUGCAUGAAAAGACUUAUGUUAUCACUGUCAGUGAAAACCGUCGAUUGACUCCUGAAAGCUACGACCGUUAUGUGUUCCAUAUGGAAUUUGAUACCAGUAACGCCAACUUGAAGUAUGAAUUGGGUGACGCGCUUGGUGUUCAUGGUCACAAUAACUACGAAGACGUGAAGGAAUUUUUGGAUUGGUACGAUUUGAACGGUCAUGAUAUCAUUUCUGUCCAGACUAGCGAAAACGGUAAAGAAGAAGUGCGUACUGUCUUCCAAUUGUUCAGCCAAACAUUGGAUAUCUUUGGUCGACCUUCCAAGAAAUUCUAUGAAGCUCUUGCUACUUUCGCUACCAACCCCAAGGAGCGUGAGCAACUGCUUUACUUGGUUUCUGCUGAAGGUAAAGAAGAGUUCAAGAAGCGCGUCGAUGAUACCAUUACCUAUGAAGACUUGCUACGUGAAUUUACUUCUGCCAAGCCUCCUGUCGAAGCACUUGCUCAAAUCAUUGCUCCGAUUAAGCCUCGUCAUUAUUCCAUCGCCUCAUCUCAAAAGAUGCACAAGAACUCUGUCCAUCUGUUAGUGGUCGCUGUGGAUUGGCAAACUACCAGUGGUAAGAAACGUUAUGGUCAAUGUACUCGUUAUUUAAGUAGUUUGAAGAUCGGUGAUUCUGUUACUGUCUCGAUCAAGCCUUCCGUCAUGAAAUUGCCUCCUCUUGACUCUCAGCCUGUAAUCAUGGCUGGUUUGGGUACUGGUAUGGCCCCUUUCCGUGCUUUUAUUCAAGAACGUUAUUUAGCCAAAGCUACUGGUAAGGAAGUCGGUCCCGUCGUUCUUUACUUUGGUUCUCGUCAUCGUUCCAUGGAAUACCUUUAUGGUGAGGAAUUGGAAGCUUACCAUGCCGAUGGUGUCUUGUCUCACAUGGGUCUUGCUUUCUCUCGUGACCAGAAGGAAAAGAUAUACAUUCAACACAAGAUGAAGGAAGAUGCAAAGAUGUUGAGUGAUUACUUGUUGAAGCAGAAUGGUCACUUCUAUCUCUGUGGCCCAACCUGGCCGGUGCCUGACGUCAAGGACGCUAUUGUUUACGGUCUCACUCAAAAUGAUGAUGUGGAUGUUGCUAAGGCCAAUGCUCUUAUUGAAGAAUGGAAAGAAAAAGAAUCUUAUGUACUCGAGGUUUAUUAG